CAACGUAACGUAGUCUGCAAUCUGCGUGUACAGGAGAGAGAGAGAGAGAGAGAGAGAGAGAGAUUUGAAGUGUUUGUGAGAAUAUAUUUACAAUUUAUCGGUACGCAGAUAAUGCUUGAAAGAAAUGGCAGAAAAAGGAGCUCAUUUGACGUCGAGUGUUUUAACGAGACCGUCAAUAUUUGAAUUAAUAGCCCAGGAGUCCCUCGCUAAGACAGUUCAUCCCGCUGUCAAAAAGUUAUGCGAGGUGCUAGCAGAAUCGAACCCCGGAAAAUACGGUUUCUUGGUCAGAUGGUUCGAAGAACUAUACCUCGUAGCUGAGUUUCUCCUUCAGCGACAAUAUUUACGCACCAAAGGCAGUUCAUUUUCAGAAGCAUUUUAUGGCCUGCAAAGGUCAGUGAGCCAUUCCACUGAUUCAAAGCUACCAAGGAGGAAACUACAGCUAUCAUUAAUCUGCCUCUCUGUGCUUCCUUAUCUAAGAAGAAAGCUCGAAAAUCUUGCUGUAAAAUAUAAACUUGAAGAGGCAGAUGGCAUACCAGAAAAAAAGAACUAUCCUAAAGGGACUCGAUCUUUUGUGAUAACACUGCACAGCAUAUUUCAUGCUGUUUGGGAAAGUUUGGUGCUCAUGCAGUAUUUUAUGUACAUGAGUGGUAAAUCUUUGUAUCACUCUCCUCUACUUCGCAUCAUAGGCAUUUCACUCAUUUACACUGAUCAGGAAUCUGAAGGCAUUCCGUGGAGCUCUCUUAAGAACUGUGUCAUCUCCCGUGAUUUCAGGUCUCUGCCAGGAGUCACAUUCCAACUGCUCAGUGGUGUGCUGAGUAACAGCUUUGAAAUAUUCGCAUUUUUCCUCCAGUUUCUUCAAGUCUGGUAUUCUGAACACAGGCAGGCGAGUGUUACAGCUCUACCCAUUCCUUCCACCCCACAGGAUCUAGGUGUAAAUGAUUACAAAAAUAUUUGUCCUCUCUGCUUGCAGAAAAGGAAAAUACCAACUGUUUUGCCUGUUUCUGGGUACAUUUUCUGUUAUCGCUGCAUUGCUGAGUAUGUUCGAGAAAAUCAUUCGUGUCCUAUAACUCAUUACCCUGCAUCAGAUGAGGAUUUUGUCAGAAUAUAUUGAUACAGUCAGUAAGUUGAUAUAAAAGGUCAUGCCACUGGAGAAUACAGAAAAUAGUAGAUAUUCUUUGCAGAAGUAUGUAUCAUCUGAAAAGGGAAUAAGUUUGUAAUUUCAUGAUGUAAGCAGAAAUGUGUUUUAGACUUUACAUUCAACAACCACUUUUGAACCAACGGCAAUUUAUUUCUCCCUUGUAACUAUCUUACUCUAGGUGAGGAGAAGGCAACAGUAAGGCUUUAAAUCUAUAAUUUGUUCUCCAGUGUUUAUAUUUGCUAAUAGUCUAUUGCAAUAGCAGAACAGUUCUGACCAAUUAAAAUUAUAGUAGUUGGAGGAGUGUAAACUAAAAGCGAAUUGUGUGUUAAUUGUAAAUAUAUGUAAUUAGAUACAUAUUACAUGUUAAUGGUGGGUUACAUAAACUACCAUAAUUGAGUUACACAAAAUUUCUUAUAAAUAAUUGGUGUAACACUUCAGGUGAUAUGGUCUGUCACAGAUGUAAACAAAUCAAAACUGUAAGUUGUGCCUUAGAAAUUAAAUGUUAUUCUUGCACAAUACAUAUCAUAGUUUACAUCAUUCUCAAUAGUCCUGGGGUUUAGCCUACUCUGU